CACUGGUCCACAGAGAUGCCUCGCUUGAUCCACUCCCUCUGGAUGUGGCACCGGUUUAAAGACCAUUCGUGCAUCUUUACAGCUAAACGAGAGACAGACUUUCACACGAAGCGAUGAUGACUGAUCAACCUCCAAGCUCGAUGUUUCGGAUUAUUCAGCAGGCGACGAUGUGUUUCUAGAACAAGAACCCCCCAUAUGCUACCCCUCUUUUAAUACAACAUUUCAUACUUAAGAGCUUCUCCAAUUGACUUUUGAAUCCUUCAAUCCAUACACACAUUUCCACAUCACAUCACAACAAUGGCACCCUCAAACAUGAAGGCCAUCAAGGUCGUUGAAGCCAAGAAGGCUGAGAUUCAGGACGUUGCUGUUCCUAAGCUCCGCGACGACUAUGUCCUGGUCAAGGUUGAUGCUGUUGCAUUGAACCCUACCGACUGGAAGCACAUUGACUAUCUCGCCAACCCUGGAGCCACUGUCGGUUGUGACUACGCCGGUACCGUCGAGGAGGUCGGCUCAGCUGUCCAGAAGAAGUUCUCCAAGGGUGACCGCAUUGCUGGUUUCUCCCACGGUGUCAACUCUGCCAACAAGGAGGAUGGUUGCUUCGCACAAUACGCUCUCGCCAAGGGUGAUGUCCAGAUGAAGGUCCCCGAGUCUCUGUCCACCGAGGAUGCCGCCACUCUUGGUGUCGGUGUCACCACCGUUGGACAAGGUCUCUACCAGAGCUUGAAGCUCCCCCUCCCCACCGAGCCCGCUAAGCAGCCCUUCCCCGUCCUCAUCUACGGUGCCUCGACCGCCACCGGUACCCUCGCCGUCCAGUACGCCAAGCUCUCCGGCCUCGAGGUCAUCGCCAUCUGCUCUCCUCACAACUGGGACCUCGUCAAGUCCCUCGGCGCCGACGCCACCUUCGACUACAAGGACCCCGAGUGCUCCAAGAAGAUCCGCGAGCACACCAAGGACAACCUCAAGCACGCAUUCGACUGCAUCUCCGAGGGCAGCUCCCCCGACAUCUGUGGCAACGCUCUUUCCAGCAAGGGUGGUGUCAUCUCCUUCCUUCUCCCUGCCAAGUCUUCCCGCGAGGACGUCGAGGACAAGAGCACUUUGGGCUACACUGUUGUUGGUGAGGCCUUCAGCUUCGGUGGCACUCCCAUCCCCGCUAAGCCUGAGGACUUCGAGUUCGGUCGCAUGUUCUGGGAAUUAGCUGAGAAGCUGUUCGCCGACGGCAAGGUCAAGGCUCACCCCAAGGAGGUCCGCAGCGGUGGUCUCGAGGGUAUCUUCGGUGGCUUGAACGACCUAAAGACCGGCAAGGUCUCCGGUACCAAGCUCGUCUACAAGAUCUAAGAGGUUGGAC